AGGCCUGGCGCAUCCUCAUCCCAUUGUCUGCCUGCUUCCCUUGCUGUCCAAUCCUGGCAGAGAAGAGACCCGAAAGCGGGUGGCAGAGCCAAUCAGAGAGGCCGACAUAGAGCGGGCAGGCCGGCCGGCCCAGGACCAUGGAGGGAUGCGGGAUGCGGGAUGCAGGAGCCGAGCAUCCCUGAACCUUGCAUGGAAGAGAGGCCGAGAAGGGGCUGGACGGUGCAAAUCCCAGCCUUGGGGAGGAGAUGAGCCCCAAAGGCAAAGCCCAAGGCGAGUCCGGCUCAGGAGAGGACCAGCCUCCGAAAGGAAUGAAGGAGGAAGGAGACGGAGACGGAGAGGGAUGCUUGGAGCUGCGUCCCAAGACAGGCAAAAGCAGAGGGAACGGCCUCCUUCGGCAGGGCGAUGGAGCACAAAGGAUGGGCUGCAAAGCGGGGCCCGGACCCCGAGGACCCCCUUCCUUUGGCGUCUGCAGGAUCCCCCCAGCGGAAGCGGUGCCGCAUUGGUGCUUGGACUGCGGCAGGAACUUUGGCCAGAGAUCGGAGCUGGAGAAGCACGCGUCGCAUCAUCACGCCGGACGGCAUUCGUACAUCUGCGGCGACUGCGGCCGGAGCUUCGUGGACCGCGUCUCGCUCGCUGGACGGGCGCCGGGCCCCUCGGCGUUGCAUCACUCGGGGUGCCGCCGGAGAGUCCUUCCCAGCGAGAGUGCCGUGCCGCGCAAGGAGCGCAAGGAGCUCUCCCUGCAGGAGAAGGUCCGGGUGCUGGAGAUGCUGGAAGGCCCCAAAGUCUCCCAGAGCGAGCUGGCGAAGCGCUUCGGGGUCUCGCAGCCCCAAAUCUGCCGCAUCAUCAAGAACAAGGAGCGCAUCCUGGCCGAGUGGGGCAAGAACGGCGACCCCGGGCGCAAGCGGAAGAUGGAGGAGAGGCUCCCGCACGGCAGCGAUGGGGCAACGCAGUGUUUCGGUGGGCCGGUCAACGGACUGCGUCUCCAAGAGAAAGCCCGGCGUUUGUCGGACGCCGUCGGGAGGCUGCCGUUGAGUUGGGCAAACGGCUCGAAAGCCAAGCCGAAAGCCAACCGGAGACCGGACACCGAGGUGACAGAGGAGGAGCAUUGGGAGAACACUGAGAAGCAGAAAAGUGAGCAUAAUUGGAAAAACACCGUCCUCUCCGACAUCCUGAGAAAAUACGAUUCCUCCGAAAUUUACGCCUGUGCCGAAGUCACCGUCUUGCUUCGGGCGAUGCCAAGGAUGGAAAGCGCCAAGGACCGGCUCACCGUCCUGCUUUGCGCCAACAUGGACUCUUCCGAUAAGCGGGACCCUCUGGUCGUCGGCAAGGCACCGAGACCCCCGGGAGUCCCACAGGAACUGCCCCCUGCUACGUACAGAGCCGACGGUCAAGCCCGGAUGACCGCCGCCCUUUUCGCCGAAUGGCUCUGGACCUUCAACGAAGAGGCCAAAGCCGGGCAGAGGCACGUGGCGCUUUUCGUGACCCCCUGUGCCGCGCAUCCAGCAGUCGAGCUCUCCAACGUCAGGAUGGUCUUUGUGCCGCGCCACGAGAAUCACCCCCUCGAACUCGGGACGAGCCGGGUUUUUCGGUGCCACUACCGAAGGCGAAUGCUCACUCGCUUGGUCGUGGCGCUGGGUGGACAGACCUCUGGGUCAAGAGGCCACGUGGCUCUAUCGGACGCCAUUCAUUUAUCCAUCCAAGCCUGGUCGGAGGUGAGUCCGGAGACCGUCCGGGGUGGAUUCCAGGCAGCCGGUUUCAUCCCGAAUCCCGGCGUUUUCCCGACUCCAAGUACCCAAGUGGUCCGAGCGCUGGGCUUCCAGAGCCAAGAACAGUUCGGACAGUUCAUCUCGGCGGACGAAGGGUCGGGGUGCUUUGGGGACGAAGGAGGGUCGGAGGGUCAAGGACUCGGGGCCGAAGAGGAGGAGGAGGAGAAAGCAGACGAAUCCGCCUCACCUCCCUGCCCGUCGCAGGCGGAGGUCGUGGAGAGCUUGGCCAAGCUCCGGCGCUGCUUCGAGUGCCAUUCGGCGUCGCCAGAGAUGUUCCAGGCUUUCUACAAACUCGAGGACGUGGUGCACGGGAUGUUCCUGACCCAGAUGCACACGCUCACGGGCAAGGCCCCCAACCAGGACUGAAUCACGUCCGCAACACAAUGCGGAAGAAGCCAAGGUUAAACACCGGAGGGCUUAAUCUCUGGAUCAAUGCUAUGGAACCCAGGGCAAAUUUGGAGCAUGGCUCCGGGUGUUUUGGACUCCAACUCCCAGCAUUCCUGACAGCCUCAGGCCCUUUCCUUUUCCCCCUCCGCCGCUUAAGCAGUUUUGGACAUUUGUAAAGUGUGUCCCAUUAUCGGAUAAUAUUUCCUGGUGUAAACCAUGGUGUUUUGGACUUCAACUCCCUCCAUUCCUAACAGCCUCGGGCCCUUUCCUUUCCCCCCUCCGCCGCUUAAGCGGCGGAGGGGGAAAAGGAAGGGGCCUGAGGCUGUCAGGAAUGCUGGGAGUUGGAGUCCAAAACACCCGGAGCGAUGCUCCAAAUUUGCCCAUGCCUCAAUUAAAGCGGUGCCAAACCCUUAAAGUAGGCAUCAUUUAUUUUCUUUUAUAUUACAGAACGAAAGAUGUACAUGAACCGAUAAGAGGCAACACUGGGGAGAAUGGGUUUUGUAAUCCCCAAAUCUCCUGAGAUGCUCAAAUCCCAGCUGUUUACAAAUCUAACAUUUCCUUUCUUGUCGAACGCUUUCAUGGGUUGCUGUGACUUUUCACAUGCUGUAUGGCCAUGUUCCGGAAGCAUUCUCUCCUGAUGUUUCACCCACAUCUACGGCAGGCAUCCUAAGAGGUGGAGAGGUCUGUUGGAAACGAGGCAAGUGGGGUUUAUAUAUCUGUGGAAGAAUUCUUGUCUGUUGGAGGCAAGUGGGAAAGUGGCCAUUGUCCAGCUUGAUUAGUAUUGGAAUCCAAUACUAAUCAAUUUUUUCCCAUCAUUUUAAAAUGUAUUUAUCAUGCAAUGGUUUUGACACGAAAUAAAUGAAAAAAAAGUAUUGGAAUACCUUGUCAUUGGCCAUAGAAGUGCCUUGCAGCUUCAAAGCCAGGCUGCUUCCUACCUGGGGGAAUCCUUUGUUGGGAGGUGUUAGCUGGCCCUGGUUGUUUCUCCGCCCUGGUUUUGAGGUUCGUUGGAAACUAGGCAAGUGGAGCACUUGAUGGGCCAACCUGGACACGGCAUAUGGUUGGCCAGCGCAAAAAUACUGGACCACCCUGACAACCACCAUGUCAAGACUACACAGAGAAGCCAUUGAAAUAAUAAUAAUAAUAAUAAUAAUAAUAAUAAUAAUAAUAAUAAUAAUUUAUUUUUCUAUCCUGCUACUAUCUCCCAGAAGGGACUCAGGGGCCAAGCCCAGAACAAAACGAAAUAAUUACAAUGAGUGUCAAGAACUAAAACAAUGAUACAAUAAUCAAAUAAAAUAAGCAAUUAAAACAUAACAUACAAUAAAACACAUAAUAACCAGACAAAUGGGGGGAAAUCCACAAGAAGCAUGUGGACAAUUUCAACAGAAAGGAUGAAACCAUGCAAAUGAACCAAAUCUGGCGCCCAGUAUUUUAAAAAAGCUCUAAAAUCAGGACAGUAAAUAAAGAACAUUCAAAAACAGGGAAAUUCCAGGCAUGAAACAAUAAGGGCCAGCUAACAACUCCCAACAAAGGAUUCCUCCAAGGAGUACGCGGCCAGGCUUUGCAGCUGCAAGGCUGUUCUCUUGCCUCCAACAGACUAGAGUUCUUUCUCCCACCCUGGACAUCAUUCCACAGAUAUAUAUAUACACCCCACUUGCCCAAUUUCAAACAGACCUCACAACCUCUGAGGAUGCCUGUUAUAGAUGUGGGUGAAACGUCAGGAGAGAAUGCUUCUAGAACAUGGCCAUUCAGCCCAGAAAACUCACAGCAACCUACUAACCUUUCCUUCCUCCAAUGCCAGGAAAUAAGUGGAGGAACCCCAAACGUCUCUUAACAAGACAGACUGUGUGUGUGUGGAUCAAGCAGGGAUCAUACGGUUUCCAUAGAUAGAUCUAAUAGAAAUAAUUCCAAGGGACAAGACCAUAUUUCUCAAUUUGCAGUCUCUGAAUUUGUCUGAUUUCACAAAUAUGCAAACCCACGGAAAUCCAAUAAACUGUUCAGAUCACCA